AGCAGCAGAAAACUAACGAAAAACAAGAGAUCUGCGAAGAAUGGCGUUCCUCUGGGGUCUUACAGUCUUGAUGCUGAUGUCUUGCACAACCAGUACAGCAGACGACAAAGAAUACUCUGAAGCCUUUUUGAAACUUCUCUACGUUUUCAACGGGAAAUUUUCUGACCGACCUGUCGUUGAAGCGUACAAGAACAUCAAAAAACCGAAAGUUGACGUACCAAAACUUUUGUACGUGACGGCCACACCAGUAGAGAUCCCAGCACUUGCACCGGCAGUGACAUUCUUCUACGAGAAAUAUGUUGAAAACAAUCUGUACCGCCGUUUGAUUCUGGUUUUUAAUGAACAAAAAGGGCAGAUUUUUGCACAACCUUACAACAUCACAACCCCUCCUAACGAUCUGUCCAAGCCUUUCACCAUUGACCAAGUCAAGAAGCUGACUUCAAAUGACUUGACCACAACUGACGCGUGUAGAAUCCAGUUCACUCGUAAGGGAGCUAACUCAUUUACAGCACUCUGGCCAGAUUGUAAAGUCCUCGAUAAUGGGGUUUUUCCAAAGUACCAUCUGACCUGGUUUUGCAACUCUCUCACGGCCAUCAUUAGUAGCCCUAAACAUCUUGAUUACACUACAUCACCUGUACCUUUGACCAGAGAAGGAUCAAGGUAUCCUUUUCCAUCGUACCUGAAGGCAGUCGAAGACAAUAGUUUCUGCGAGUAAUAUUUAUUUAUGGAGGGCCUGAUU